ACACGUAAACAAGUGUCACAGUGUGAUAGAGAUUUCGAGAAGAAAGCAGGUUUGAAUUGACACAUAACAGAAAUGUCAGACGCACAAGAAGAAAGUGAUUUAUUAGCAGGACACCCCCCUGCAGUUAAGGCUGGGGGAAUGCGAAUUGUACAGCACAAGCAGCCAGAUAAAAGCGAUUCUCAUCAAUCAAGGGAGGAAAAACAGGAGCAGGCUGAGGAGUUUGGGACUGUUGAUGUAAGUGCUGAUAAACACCACCAAUCUAUUCUUCUAUCUGGAGCAGUAACCAAGGGAGACAAGGACUUCCCUCCUGAGGCUGUGAAGAGUUAUCAUCAGAAACCGUUACCAACUCAUGAGAAUCGACCAGUACAGAAGCCCAAUAUAAUCCAACAGCCCCGCUGAAGUUAGCGUGUCUAAUGACCUCAUUACCAGCGGGCUGGCAGAUAGGACAGGACCUCAAAAAAAAAUGUUAGAAAAGGAAUAGCAUUGUAUUUUUCUUUUUUUGACAAAAUUUAAAAAGUUUUUUUUUUUGGUAAAUUAAUUAUUACAAGUUAAAAAAAAUUCUACGCAUUAUUAAUGCUUUUUGUAAAUGCAUUUAGUAUAAACGUUUGUGACUUUUUUAAAAUGCCACAGAAGAUAUCUGUGUUUUGAAAUAAUUUUGUGACUGAUACUGGUAGACAAUUCAGUUUAGGAUGGUGAAGGGUUUCAUGUCUGUUCAUUUGUACGUCUCUGGUUUUGGCUUCGAUUCUUGAUUAAAAAUGUGGUCCUGCCUUAAU